AGAACGCAACGAGAUGAGAUGAGCUUCCCGGGGAGAUGGGAGGAGAGCUAGCUAGCCGCCGAGGCUGAGCUCGCCUCCCCGCCUCCCGAUCCCCGCGACCCCUCGCAGCCACACCCCCACCGGAUAACGCAACGCCUUCCCCCUCCCCCAUCAAAACCCCCCUCCCCCCUCGCGCGCCAACUGCUCUCCUCCUCCGCCGCCGCCGCCGCAACCAACCAGCCAGCCAGCCAUGCAGCCCGACUCCGCCUCCCACCGCAUCGCCCGCGUCGCCGCCCACCUCAGCCCGUCGCCGCGCCCCCAGAUGGAGGAGGGGGUGAGGCCGGCGCCAUGCAGGGCCAAGGGCGGCGCGCCGGGGUUCAAGGUGGCCGUGCUGGGCGCGGCGGGAGGGAUCGGGCAGCCGCUGUCGCUGCUCAUGAAGUUGAACCCGCUCGUCUCUGUGCUCCACCUCUAUGAUGUCGUCAACACGCCCGGUGUCACCGCCGAUGUCAGCCACAUGGACACCACCGCCGUGGUCCGUGGUUUCCUUGGGCCCAACCAGCUUGAGGCAGCACUUACAGGAAUGGAUCUUGUCAUUAUCCCUGCUGGUCUCCCAAGGAAACCAGGAAUGACAAGGGAUGAUUUGUUCAACAAAAACGCUGGGAUUGUUCGCUCACUUUGUGAAGGCGUUGCCAAGUGCUGUCCAAAUGCAAUUGUGAACUUGAUCAGCAACCCAGUGAACUCAACCGUCCCCAUUGCAGCAGAGGUUUUCAAGAAAGCUGGAACUUAUGAUCCCAAACGUCUCCUUGGAGUUACAACACUGGAUGUAGCAAGGGCAAACACCUUUGUGGCUGAAGUACUUGGAAUUGACCCAAAAGAUGUCAAUGUUCCAGUUGUUGGUGGGCAUGCUGGAGUGACUAUAUUACCCCUCCUCUCCCAGGUCCACCCCCCAUGCUCAUUUACCCCAGAUGAAAUCAGCUAUUUGACUAAACGCAUACAGAAUGGUGGCACAGAAGUUGUUGAGGCAAAGGCAGGAGCAGGCUCUGCAACUUUGUCAAUGGCUUUUGCUGCAGCAAAAUUUGGUGAUGCAUGCUUGCGAGCAAUGCGUGGUGAUGCUGGCGUUGUGGAAUGUUCAUAUGUUGCAUCUGCGGUGACCGAGUUGCCGUUCUUUGCAACAAAAGUGAGGUUAGGUCGUGCUGGAGCCGAAGAGGUUCUCCCUCUGGGGCCGUUGAAUGAUUUUGAGAGAGCUGGCUUGGAGAUGGCAAAGAAAGAGCUGAUGGAGAGCAUUCAGAAGGGCAUCGAUUUCAUGAACAAGUGAGGUGUAUGAAGGGACAAAGUUAUGCAUACAUGUAAAGAGUGUCCUAUAUAUAGUGCUCAUAUACAUGUAAAAUUUUCGCCGGGCUCAUAUACAUGUAAAAUCACUUCUGUAAAACGACCGUGAAAUGCUAAUUACCCUUUAGUUGCACUAAACCUUUUUUUCCUGAUCAUGGAAUAAAAAUCCUAUACUAGACAACAUCCUGUUGUGAACAA